CCCCGGCAGUCAGCCGCAAGCCCUCGGGUGCCGGAGUGGGGGGGAGUGGGGCGGGGCGACACGCCCCUCCCUGGGUACGAGCCGCGCGGCUGGUGAAGUGUGUGGCUGCGGCCUCCGCAAGGCUUGGGGUCUGAACCAGCCAUGACUGCCAAAGAUUAUCCGUCAUUGUGGGGCUUUGGAACAACAAAAACAUUUAAAAUACCUGUUGAACAUUUGGAUUUCAAGUAUAUUGAAAAAUGUUCAGACGUUAAACACUUGGAAAAAAUUCUUUGUGUGCUCAGGUCUGGUGAGGAAGGAUAUUAUCCUGAACUUACUGAAUUUUGUGAAAAGCGCCUUUCAGGCUUGGCUCCUGGAAGUAGAGCUUUGAGGAGAGAGAAACCUGCAGCGACAGCAGCCAGUUUCACAGCAGAAGAAUGGGAAAAAAUUGACGGUGAUAUAAAGAGUUGGGUAUCAGAAAUUAAAAAAGAAGAUGAUAAAAUACACUUUCAAGAAACUGAAGCAUUUCCAGCAAUGGAAGAUAAUUUGCCUCCAGUUCGUGGUUCAAACAGCCAUCUUCACGUUGCCAAGGAAAAAAAUUCUAAAAGUAGACCAGCUAAAAAGAAAAUUCCGAGGGACUAUGCAGAGUGGGAUAAAUUUGACGUGGAAAAGGAAUGUGCGAAAAUUGAUGAAGAUUACAAAGAAAAAACUAUAGUAAACAACAAGUUGCAUUUGUCUAAAAUUGAGACAAGACUAGAUACAGCAGGUCUAACUGAGAAGGAAAAGGAUUUUCUUGCUACUCAUGAAAAGGAGAAAGGAAAUGAAGCUUUUAACUCAGGAGAUUAUGAAGAGGCUGUGAUGUAUUAUACUCGGAGCAUAUCAGUGCUUCCCACGGUAGCAGCCUAUAACAAUCGCGCUCAAGCAGAACUCAAAUUACAGAACUGGAACAGUGCUUUUCAGGAUUGUGAAAAGGUCUUGGAGUUAGAACCCGGGAACUUAAAGGCUCUUCUGCGCCGUGCCACUACAUAUAAACAUCAAAACAAGCUCCAGGAAGCUAUAAAAGAUUUGAAUAAAGUACUGGCUGUUGAACCUGAUAAUGAGUUGGCCAAAAAAACCUUGUUAGAGGUUGAAAGAGAUCUGAAAAAUUCUGAACCUGCAUCUGAGACUCAAACCAAAGGGAAAAGGAUGGUUAUUCAGGAAGUAGAAAACUCAGAAGAUGAAAAUGAAAAGGACAGUGGAAGAAAACAUGAAGAUGGCAUUGGAGAUAAGAAGGCCGCGGAGCCGGCGCCAGCCGGGCGCGCCGCCGAGCCGCGCGGCAUGGGCAACAUCCAGAAGAAGCUGACGGGCAAGAGCGAGGGCGGCCGGCGGCCGGAGAGGGGCGCGCCGCGGCGGGGCCGGGCGCUGGAGGCCGGCGCGGACAAGUGGGACCGGCCGCGGACCCCGGCGACGGCGGGCGGUGCCAGUGGGCACCCGGGCGGCGGGCGGGGCGCCGGGGACCCCGCGGCCAGCGCGCCCCCUGGGCCCGGCGCGUCCCCCGGACCUGGCUCGCCGCCGCCGACGGCGCCCGCCGUCCAGGUCGGCCCCGCCGGCCUGAAGAGCCAGGGCAACGAGCUCUUUAAAAACGGGCAGUUCGCCGAGGCGGCUCUCAGGUACUCGGCGGCGAUCGCGCAGCUGGAGCCUGCAGGAAGUGGAAGUGCAGAUGAUCUAAGUAUCUUAUAUUCAAAUAGAGCAGCAUGUUACCUAAAAGACGGAAACUGCAGUGGCUGCAUUCAAGACUGUAACAGGGCUCUGGAACUUCAUCCAUUCUCAGUCAAGCCUCUUCUUCGACGAGCAAUGGCCUAUGAAACUUUAGAGCAGUAUCAGAAAGCUUAUGUGGAUUAUAAAACAGUGUUGCAAAUAGACUGCGGAAUCCAGAUAGCAAAUGACAGUGUUAACAGGAUAACAAAAAUUUUAAUGGCCCUGGAUGGACCAAGCUGGCGGGAGAAGCUGUCACCCAUUCCUGCUGUGCCCACUUCUGCACAAUUGCGAGCUUGGCGGCCUGUGGCAGAGACGCCCCCAGACCAAGUGGGAGAUUCCUGCAGCCAUCACCAACCGGGCAUCACAGAUGAAAAAAUGUUUAAAACCCUUAAAGAAGAAGGAAAUCAAUGUGUAAAGGACAAAAACUAUAAAGAUGCCCUUAGUAAAUACAGUGAAUGCUUAAAGAUUAACAACAAGGAAUGUGCCAUUUAUACAAACAGAGCCCUCUGUUACCUGAAGCUGGGCCAGUUUGAAGAGGCAAAGCAGGACUGUGACCGGGCGCUUCAGAUGGACCUCGGCAAUGUGAAAGCGUGCUACAGACGAGCUCUUGCUCACAAAGGACUCAAGAAUUAUCAGAAAAGUUUAAACGAUCUCCAUAAAGUUCUCCUACUAGACCCAAAUAUUAUUGAGGCAAAAAUGGAACUGGAAGAGGUCACCAGAAUCCUGAAUGUUCAGGAUAAUGCAGCAUCAUUCAACAAAGAAAAGGAGAGAAGGAAAAUUGAGAUUCAAGAGGUGAAUGAGGGCCAUAAAGAGGAGCCUGAAAGGACCUCGGAGGACGUCUCCACUGACUCCCGUGCUUCUGAGAAGGGGGACACAAGCAAUGGGCCACGAGAAUUCUAUGAGAAACUACCAAUCCCCAAGCCUAACAAUGCCUACGAAUUUGGCCAGGUUAUAAACGCCGUCAGUACUAGGAAAGAUAAAGAAGCCUGUGCACACCUGUUAGCCAUCACUGAACCGAAAGACUUGCCAGUGUUGUUGAGCAACAAACUUGAAGGAGAUACAUUCCUGCUCCUCAUCCAGUCUCUGAAAAAUAAUCUUAUUGAUAAAGAUCCUUCUUUGGUAUAUCAGCAUCUUUUAUAUCUGAGUAAAGCAGAAAGGUUUAAGAUGAUGUUGACACUGAUUAGCAAGGGCCAAAAGGAGCAGAUUAAACAGCUCUUUGAUGACCUCUCAGACAGACCAAACAAACAUUUUACUUUAGAAGAUGUGCAGGCCCUCAAAAGGCAGUAUGAGCUUUAAAUAAAGAUUAUUGUUAGAUUUCUUCCAUGCAUGUAUGUGUUCCAGUAAUGCUAAUGAGAUGGUAUUGUAAUAGAGUUGCAUGGAUAAAAACCUGGCUUAGAAAAGAUCCCUUGGUCUGGACUAUAAAAUAUUUUACUUAUUUUUAUACAUAGAACACAUAUAUUCUACAAUCUGCUUUUUAUUAGUUGUAAAUAUUUUCUUAUGUACCAGAGCUAACAUCUUUAUAUUUAAUAAUAAGUAUAUCUGGAACUUGUUAAGAUGCAUUUUAAUUUAUAUUAUACAUUUUCUUUUAAUAACUUACUUGUUAAAAUUUUGAGUU